AUGGCCACCCAGCACGCCGACGUCAAGCGCUUGCGAGCGCCUUUUGAUGGAUUCGUCGUCGACGGCUUCAAUUUCACGAAGACGUUCCCGGGCUGCCGCCACUGGCUCCUCACGCACGCGCACAGCGACCACACGUGCGGCUUGUCGGGAGGCUUCGACGCGGGUACCAUCUAUUGCUCGGAGAUCACGAAACGGCUCGUGACGCGGGACGUCUCGGCGCGUCUAGGAGAACGUAUGGUCGUCAUCAACGCGGGCGCCUCGCUACACAUCGAGGAAUUAUCAACCACGUUAACAGCUCUGGACGCGGGCCACUGCCCGGGGUCGCUCCUCUUCCUGCUCGAGCACGGGCCCACGAAACUAUGUGUCUUGCACACGGGCGACAUGCGCGCGUCAGAACACAUCCGGAACCAGCCCUUGUUGGCGCCGUUCCGCGACAAGACGAAAAAAUUGGACGCGCUGUACCUCGACACGACGUACGCCAACCCCAAGUACGACUUCCCGGCGCAAGUUGAUGCUUGUGACGAGAUCAAGCGCAUCGUCCGGGAGGAGCUGCGACGGGAGCCCAAAACGUUAUUCCUGUGCAACACGUACAGCGUGGGCAAGGAGAACGCGUUCGAUGCCGUGGUAGACGCGUCCGGAGGCACGCUGUUCGUGCCGCCGCGCCGGGCCGAAGCUUUACGGCUGUGCGACCGGUGGCGCGCUUGUUAUACGAACGACGUCAAUGACCCUCAAGUCAACGUCUGGGUGGGCGGCGCCACGUCAGGAGUAGAUCAAGCCUUAGGUAGAGACCGGGACCAGAAGGGGCCCCACGGUGAACUCAAGAAGCUGCUCGACUCGCAGCCGCGCUACGAGGCGGUUGUUUCACUGAGAUGUACGGGGUGGGAGUAUCGGCCCGGGAAAGCGUCGUCCGCGGUCUGGGCGGAGAACGACGGUUGUACGAGAACUUAUGGAGUGCCUUACAGCAUCACGCCUGUGUCCUCCACGCCAUCGACGCGACGCCUGCUCGAUGGCUUGCACCCGACACACUGGUUGAUUUCCCCACAGGCGAGCACUCGUCGUUUCUUGAACUGGACGCCUUCGUCAGAGCGUUGUGUCCACGCGAGGUCGUGCCUACGGUCAACGCUUCCACGAGGGACAGGAGGGAUAAAUUACGAGACUUGUUUUCGCCCGGGACGGACCUGAAGCGAGACAAGGGCCGCAUGGACGCCUACCUGAAGGGCGGCGCUCUCGAGGCGGUCGACGUCCAGCGCCAGAAGCGGUUACUAGCGUCGUUCUCUAAGGCUUCGGAGGUCGAGGUCGACCCCGCGCUCGUAGAACAGCUCCGUGCGAUCAUCGGCGAGGCGCCUCAGGACUACUGCGCGCGUUUACUGCGGGACGCUUCAUUGAAGAUCGACGGCGCGGUCGACGUGCACUUCGGCGCCAAUCAAGGUGCCGUGCCGCGCGAGUACUACGUCACGGCCAAGGAGGGUCCGUCGGAAGACGACGACCGCGACUUGCUCGUCGGGGCCGUCUUCGCGGUGCGCGGUCGCGACGAGGACUUUAAGCUCUUCAAAGGGAGCUCGCGGGAGCCGCCACCUAAACGGGCGAGGGGCAUGCCGCGGCCGAAGGCCCAGCAACCGGGCGGCGCCGCGGAUCGAGUGCGGGCGCGGCUCAAGCAAUUGGGGGCUUGCGUGGUCGAGCGGGAUGCCAAGGGCGCCAAGAAGCUCGCGCCGACCCAUGUUAUUGUACCGGAAGGGACGGAAAAGGGCCAGCUGAUCGGCCUCGACGUCUUAGUAAGGGUGCGGACGGAGUCGUGGCUCAUCAAGCGAUGUCGGGCGUUAGAUGCCGGUGCCCUGGCGCCGCCUCCCAGAGAAGUUGUGGAACUCGCGGCGAAGAAGGCCCAAGGGCCGCCGAAGGAGAAAGCGCCGCCCGACAAGGGGCCCCGCGGCGAGACGCGCGCGGGCCCGCGGCGGCGGCGCACGCGCGAGACCGACGCGAACUCGCACCGCGCGCUCUCCGAGACCAUGUAUUUGGUGGAAAGGCGCGACGAGACGCGGCGCGUGCCGGGGGCCUGCCGCGCGCCGCCGCUUCGCCACGUGUUCGCAGUGUUAGGAUCGACAGGCAACGUCUACGACGUCGCGAUCCAGAAGGAGCCCUCGUGCAGCUGCCCCUACGCCGUGAGCCACCCGACGAAGGUGUGCAAGCACCGCUACUUCGUCUGGUACCGCGUUUUGAAAAUUCCUCGGGAUGAUGAUCAGCGAUGCUCCGAGGCCGACGCGACGCUGAAGCACGUGCCGCACCAGCGCUACUUGCGCCGAGACGAGCUGCAGACGGUGCUCGUGGAUCGGGUGGCGUCAGCCGCGCCGAUGGCGUCGCGGGCGGCUAGAGAUGCCUAUCGGCGGGCCAGUGGAGACGUGAUAGAUGUGGACGCGUCGGACGAGGAACGCGAGGUCCCGCGGCGGCCGCUCGACGAGUGCACGGUCUGCUUCGAGGGCUUCCGCGACGACGCCACGCACGACUUCUGCGGGGCCUGCGGGCGGAACUACCACGAGGCGUGCCGCGACCGCUGGUUCACGUUCAAGAAAGCUCGCGUGUGUGCGGUGUGCGCGGCGCCCUGGCGGGCCGCGCCGGUGGCGCCCGACGCGGCGGUCGCGCGGGAAGAGGGCUACGUGAACCUGCGGGCCUUCCAGCCGGACGUCGCAUCAGAGCGGGACGCGUCGUCGUACGCGCAGAACGACCGGGGCGAGCGGUGGGUCGACGUGCACGCGGACCGCGCGGCGGCGAAGGCUACGUCGCCUGGUGCGCCUUGA